AUGGGUGACCAGGGAUCUGGGGAGGGGGACUCAGGUGUCCAGGUGGUGGCGGUGGCCGAAUGCAGGUAUGGGGGUGCAGGCAAUGAGGCGCUGCACGCGCUGACGGCGGGGACCCCCACGGAGCUGCGGGUGGAUCUCCGCACCCCACAAGAUGCUGCCUUCGCCCACUACCGUGAUUUUGCCGUCGCUGGCCCUGAGGACCAUUACCGCCUCCACCUCGGCGCCUACAGCGGCACUGCUGGGGACGCGCUCUCCUACCAUGCCGGCAGCCCUUUCUCCACGCGGGACCGGGACCCCCGGGGCCGCCCCCGUCCCUGUGCUGUCGCCUACACGGGGGCCUGGUGGUACCACAACUGCCACUACGCCAACCUCAACGGGCGCUAUGGGACGCCCCACCACCACCAGGCAUGCUAUAGGGGCCGGGGUUACCUAUAG